GGGUGGGAGAGAGAGAGUGGGAAAGACACUUGUGGGCUAGAGAGAGAUGGUUAUGGGCUAAGGAGAGACUAAUAGGGAAGAAGAGAAACCGAGUGUAAUGGGCACGGGACGGGGAGGAGAAAAGGAAGUUGGGGGCUUGAGACAGGUAAUAAUGAGAAAAAGAGAGAAAGAGAAUGGGCAUGAGAGGGAGAAUUAGAAUGGAGCCACUGGGGAGGUGAAGGACAACGGAGGGAGAUUGCAGGUGGAAGACAGAGAUGAGGGGUGAUGAGGAGUUUACGUGGACGCCCCCAUCUGAGGCGGAGAUGAAGGUGAUUCAGGCCCGUCGGGAGCACCAGGACAAGAUCACCAAGCUGAUGGGGGAUUACUUAUUGAAAGGCUACAAGAUGCUGGCAGACAGUUGUCAGGAGUGUGGAACUGUCCUCCUUCAAGACAAGAAGCAGAAGAACUACUGCGUUGCCUGUCAGGAGCUGGAUUCUGACGUGGACAAAGAUAACCCAGCUUUGAACCCACAGGCAGCCCUGUCUCAAGUUCGAGAGCGACAACGUGUCCUCAAUGGCCAGGAGGAGGCACUCUGCUCCCGCUCCACUCCGGAACUCUCACUCGAAGCCAGGUCUUUGCCCGCCCCUUGUCUGGAGCCCCCCGAGCCAGCCCCUCCCCGGGCCGAAGGUGACAGGCCCCCAGGGCCGGCUUGCCUGGGCACCCCUCGUGCCAGUGCCCGCCAGGAGGCCGAGCGGGCGGUCCUGCAGAGGCUGGCGUGGGCCUGCGGCGAGCUGGAGCGGGCCUCCUCUGUGGAGUACAGCUCUCAGCUCUGCCUUCUGAUCAGGAACUGUGCUGACGCGCUGCACAGCUUGAAGCGGCUGGUAUAGUUGCACUCUGGGACAGGAGGGGGCACUCUGUCGAUGCCGCGACUGUCUGAGCCCUGAAUCUGCCAGUGCUGUAGCACACUAGGACUCCAGGGGGUGCUAGCCAUAGACAUGUCCUGUUAUGACCUCCAGCCAAAUUUGACUUUGCACUUUUGGAGAGCAAGUGAUGCCUCUAGACGUGGCAUGCAGCAAAUAGCAGUGAAAUUCGGGGUAUAAAGGUUCAGCUUCACUCAUGCUGAAGGCAUAAUCAUUUGGACAAUCUCCCAACCCAGUUUGACAGCCUUUCACCGUCUCCCUUGUCCAACAUCCCUGCAACUACUCAACACAACUGUUAGCCACCUCCUCCCCCCAACCUCCCCUCGCAAUUAUUCAUUUUGAAGACCGUUUAAACUUUAGUGUUUUGGAAACUGUAGGACAUUUCCUGGAGGGUUGGCAUUCCUCCCAUGGUCCUGGAUUGUUACAGGAAAUCCUGUCUGGUAUUGAAUAGAGGUUUUGAGAGUUUGUGCAGUUGUUCUGGGGUUGGGGGGGCUGGUGGUGUGGGCUCCACGGUCGAUAAGAUACUGUUAACCUUUGAGGCUUGAGCUCAACAUCUGCUCACACAGAAAAGGAUGAAAAUCCUCACUGACUAGGGAGCUUUACUCUGUAUCUAACCCUGUGCUGUCCCUGCCCUGGGAGUGUUUGAUGGGGGGGGGAUAGUAUAGAGGGAGCUUUACUCUGUAUCUAACACUGUGCUGCCUCUGCCCUGGGAGUGUUUGAUGGGGUGGGGGGGUGGGGGGAUAGCAGGGAGACCAGUGUAGAGAGAACUUUACUCUGUAUCUAACUUCAUGAUUUCCCUGUCCUGGGAGUGUUUGACAGGGACGGUGUAGAGGGAGCUUUACUCUCUAUCUAACACUGUGCUGUCCCUGUCCUGGGAAUGUUUGAUAGGGGUGAGGGACAGUGUAGAGAGAGCUUUACUCUGUAUCUAACCCCAUGCUAUCCCUGUCCUGUCUAACCUCAUGAUGUACAUCUCCUGGGAGUGUUUGAUGGGGACGCUGUAUAGAGAGCUUUCCUUGCAGUUUAAGAGUGGAGAGGCUUUACUCUCUAUCCAGCCCGCUGCUCUACCUGCUCUGGGAGUGUUUGCCUAAUGGAAUAGGUCAGUGCUGGAACUUUUGACCCCAGCUUCCAGCUGAAUCGUUCCACGGAGUUGAGAGAUGGAACCGUGGAGGUUGGAUACAUUUUAAAAUGAUUUCAGUCAAACUGAUUGCGAGGAUUGUUGCUCAGCUCCAUUGCCAGUACCAUGAGGAUUCCCAACUGAGAUUGCAUCUCCGUUGGAUGUUGCACUAUUGUGUGGAGAUAGCUUAUGAUCCAAUCGCUGUUCCAUGGCGCACUGAGCCCAGAGGUAGCAGUGCUGAGAUUGAUUCGACUGUACACGGCCACCAGACACAGUCCCCUCUUUCCUACACUUCCACAGGAAUGCCGUUUUUUUUUGUAUUUUGGUUUGUGUUAAUAAAGUAUUUGCAUUUCUCUUGCA